AGCUUCUUCCCUUUUCCUGCCCUCCCACGUCCAUCUUCAAGAGUUGGGUAGUGCUUCCUAUGGUCUGACUUUAGUCUUUCCUACUGCUUCUGAGAUGGUAUAUGACCUUGCUUCUCAAGGUGGCAGAAGCCUCCUGAGCCCCCACUACCCAAUGAACACUCAGAGGGAGGGCCAGGAGCAGCCAGUCUCAAACUGGUACCCAGUUGCACAUCUGAAACGGGAAAAAAAAACAAAAGCAAAAAAACAAAACUGGGCUUUGGACCCAGGGGGAAGCAGUGUAAGGAAGCAGCUAAGGGUGGCUGGAUUUCUAAUCCCGUUUCUGUUUCCCAGGGUGACACUUCCUGAGGCGCCUCAGUCCUGACCCCGGCAUCAUGCAUCGGACCACGCGGAUUAAAAUCACGGAGCUGAACCCUCACCUCAUGUGUGCUCUCUGUGGGGGCUAUUUCAUCGAUGCCACCACCAUUGUGGAAUGCUUACAUUCAUUCUGCAAAACCUGCAUCGUGCGCUACUUGGAGACCAACAAAUACUGCCCCAUGUGUGAUGUCCAGGUCCAUAAAACCCGACCACUGCUGAGUAUCAGAUCAGACAAAACUCUCCAGGACAUUGUCUACAAGUUGGUGCCUGGGCUUUUUAAAGAUGAGAUGAAACGUCGGCGGGACUUCUAUGCAGCACACCCCCUGACGGAGGUCCCCAAUGGCUCCAACGAAGACAGAGGCGAGGUCCUGGAACAGGAGAAGGGGGCUCUAGGUGACGACGAGAUUGUCAGUCUUUCCAUUGAGUUCUACGAAGGUGUCAGGGACCGAGAGGAGAAGAAGAGCCUCUUGGAGAAUGGGGAUGGGGACAAGGAGAAGACAGGAGUGCGAUUCCUGCGAUGCCCAGCAGCCAUGACCGUCAUGCACCUCGCCAAGUUCCUCCGCAACAAAAUGGAUGUGCCCAGCAAGUACAAGGUGGAGAUCCUCUAUGAAGAUGAGCCCCUGAAGGAAUACUACACCUUAAUGGACAUUGCCUACAUCUACCCCUGGCGGAGGAAUGGGCCUCUCCCCCUCAAGUACCGUGUCCAGCCAGCCUGCAAGCGGCUCACCCUGCCCACAGUUCCAACUCCCUCAGAAGGCACCAACACCAGCGGGGCGUCCGAGUGUGAGUCAGUCAGCGACAAGGCUCCCAGCCCUGCCACUCUUCCAGCAACCUCCUCCUCCUUGCCCAGCCCUGCAACCCCAUCCCAUGGCUCUCCCAGCUCUCACGGCCCCCCUGCCACCCAUCCUACCUCCCCAACUCCACCUUCAACUGCCACUGGGACCACCACAGCUACCAAUGGGGGCACUUCGAACUGCCUGCAAACGCCAUCCUCCACCAGCAGGGGGCGCAAGAUGACUGUCAAUGGAGCUCCUUGUCCCCCUUGAGGAAAGGGACCUUCCCCUUCUGCAGCCAUCUUUUCCCUCCUUUUAACUUUUUCUGGGCCCCCUUUUCCACUUUUGACUUUCCCUGAUUCCUCCCAUCUUCAGAGUGGGAGGUGGGUUUUAUAAAUAAAUCUAUAUAUAUAUAUAUAUAUAAAUAUAUAUAUGUACAUAGGAAAAACCAAAUAUACAUACUUAUUUUCUAUGGA